AUGUCACGGGCGUUGUGCCUGGCCCUGAUCGUGGUGGCUGCUGGGGCGGAGCCCUUGGUUCAGGACGACGAGUGCGCAGGCGAGGAGCAGUGCGCUCUGAACGCACUCCAGCGCCGUGGACAGGCCGUGUCUGCGUCGCUGGAAGGCUCGGCUGAGAAUGCCCCCAAGUGCCAGAGCUUGAGCCACCCAUCAAACAAAAUCUGCCGCUCAACGGUGGAGUGGGCGCACCGCGGCGGCAAGUACGAUCGCCACGCCCCUCAGUGGUUCGUCGACAUGGAGUCGAUCUCGGGCGUUGACUACUACAAAGCCAGCUUGGGCGAUUGGCAGAAGCUAUACUUCUGCGCCCCUCCGGGAGGCAAGCAGUGUGGGGCGCCACCAUGCAGUUGCUCAAAACCUCCAUGCGACGUUUGCUUCCAGAGCGAGGCAAAGUCAACUUGCAGCGACCCCGACAGCAUCGCAUGCAAGCCACCGAAAACGGCCCUGGAGUACAACGGUAUGGCCUGGGAAGACAUGAACAUCUCAGGGAAAGGUCCUUUCCAUGUCUUCGCCAUUGGUGACUGGGGCGGCCUGGACGGCACGCUGCACCCCAUUGAAGGCCGGCCCAACCUCAUCGCAUAUCCUGCCGGGACCAAGGCGGGGCCCAGCGUUUUCCCCAGGACAAGGUUCAACAAGCCACACACAAAGCUGCUCUGCAACCACAAACAGUUCGUUGAGUGCUACAAGACUAUGGGACGCGUGUGCGACCCGGGCUGUGGCUUUGUCAAGGGCCUCGACGACCAGCCCCAACAGCUGGUGGCAAGCUCUUUCAAGCAACGAGCUGCAAAAGCUAAUCCAGAGUUCAUUUUGAAUGUGGGUGACAACUUCUAUUGGGGUGGCAUUGAGAAGACCUGCGGCACACCCAUGAAUGAGAUCUCUUACGUGACCCACCACCAGUUCGACCAAGUCUUUGAGGGCGUCUACAAUGGACCCGGCCUGGAUGGCAAGCCCUGGCUGAGUGUUUUGGGCAACCAUGACUGGGGCGGCCGCGUCUUCAACAACGGCUGGGACCAGCAGAUUGCCUACACCUGGCACAGCAACAGAUGGAGAAUGCCAGCGGCCUACUGGAGCCAGCAUGUUAACUUCGUGGAUGCAGGCUUCUCCAUGGACAUCUACAUGGUGGACUCCAACGCCCAAGAUGCUGAGGACCCAGAGUUGGAUCCCGAGCACAACAUCUGCGGCUCGGCCCACAAUCCAGCGGGUGCCAACUGCGCGUCGCAAGGUGGACCGACCUCUGUCCCGACAUGCAAGGCAUGGUUUUGGGACCUGUGGCGCAAGAACCAGGAGUGGCUGACUGAACAGCUGCGCAACUCCACCGCCGACUGGCAGCUGGCGGUCACUCACUUCCCAUGCGGCUUCGAGAAGAACUUCUGGGCUGGCCUCCACCAGCAGCAUGGGCUGGACCUGCUAGUGACCGGCCACCGCCACGACCAAGAGCUUUGGUCGCCAAACAGGUUGGGAGGGCUCACCUGCUUCGUGACCGGCGGUGGCGGAGGCAUCUCGUCUGAGGCCACACCGAAUAUCCACAACAAGAGGGACUGGUACGGAGAGGCCCAGUAUGGCUUCUAUGACCUCCUGAUCUCCAAGUACAAGAUUAUGAUCACAUCCAUCAACUGGAACGGCUACGAGAUCAUGACCCGCACCGUCUAUCCGAAGAAGUAG